CAGAGAGAGCGCGGUCUUCCAAAAGCGAGACUCAGUUUGAAAAGGGGCUGGAGAUUGUAGCGGCUCCCGAGUGCGGACCCGUGCAUGGGUCCAUCUGCUUCGACGCCAGAAGAAACGCAAGCAGAGGGAGACGUGGUGUCAUUUCGGAAGGAUUCCUGGGAAGAGACUCGGUCACCAACCAGUGCGGGACAGUAUACGGAUGGCCAGGUCUCCGAGGUGGCGGCUUGGAAGCCGAGCAGGUGUGACCCUGGAGUGAACGUGGUGCUCGUGGAACCUGGAAAGAGGAACGGAGAGUUGGUUGCGGUUGGAGGAGCGGAGGCGGCAAGGAUAACGGCGAAGAGGAUGCCUCGGUCUUUCCUUGUGAAGAGCAAGAAGGCGCACAGCUACCACCAGCCGCGUUCGCAGGACCAGGACUACGGUCUCCGCUUGGAGAAUGUGCUGGCGCAGAUCUGCGCAGACAGCAAGAUGCCAGGAGACUCGAGCCCAGGGCCUUCUGAGCCAGAGCCCCAAGGACCUAUCUCCCCAGAGUCCCAACUGACUGAGGCCCCUGACGCGGUCUCAGUGUCUCCAGCCAGCUGUGAGGGCAGCGUUUGCGAUAGGAGCUCGGAGUUUGAAGAUUUCUGGAGGCCCCCAUCGCCUUCCGCAUCUCCAGCUUCCGAGAAGUCCGUGUGUCCCUCCCUGGACGAUGCACAGCCUUUCCCGGUGUCCUUCAAGCCCUAUACAUGGAACAGCCUGUCAGGCUCCGACCUGCGGCAUCUGGUGCAGAGCUACCGGCCUUGCCAUGCCCUGGAGCGAGGCGCUGGGCUGGGCCUCUUCGCCGAACGGAACUCGGAGCCUGGCGCUCCGGCAGCCCUCUACAGCCCGGAACGGGGCUGCGGCGGCGGGGCCUCCGAGGGCAGCGGCGGCGCAGGCAGUGGCGGCUCUGCCCUGGGCCUCUAUAGGGACUUCGGUCCUGCUGCGGUGGCGGCGGCCGCCCGCUUAUACGAGCGACCUUCGGCGGCUGGUGGGCUGUACCCGGACAAGGGCUCCGGCAUCAAGGUGGAGUCUGAGCUACUCUGUACUCGCCUCCUACUCAACACCGGCUCCUAUAAGUGUAUCAAGUGCAGCAAGGUGUUCUCCACUCCCCAUGGCCUCGAGGUGCACGUGCGCAGGUCCCACAGUGGCACGAGACCUUUCGCCUGUGAGAUGUGCGGGAAGACCUUCGGGCACGCGGUGAGCCUGGAGCAGCAUAAAGCCGUGCAUUCACAGGAACGAAGCUUUGAUUGUAAGAUCUGUGGUAAAAGCUUCAAGAGAUCCUCCACCCUCUCCACUCACCUGCUCAUCCACUCCGACACGCGGCCGUACCCUUGUCAGUAUUGUGGAAAGAGGUUCCACCAGAAAUCAGACAUGAAGAAACACACCUUUAUCCACACAGGUGAGAAGCCCCACAAAUGCCAGGUGUGUGGCAAAGCAUUCAGCCAGAGUUCUAAUCUCAUCACUCACAGCCGAAAGCACACUGGCUUUAAGCCCUUUGGUUGUGACCUGUGUGGGAAAGGCUUCCAGCGAAAGGUGGAUCUCCGGAGGCACAGGGAGACGCAGCAUGGGCUGAAGUGAGACCAAGUCGGGGUGCUGAAGCAUCAGUCAACACUAUUGGGAACAGACCCUCCUUUUCCUGUCUCAUCCUUCCCCAGGUCCCUGUGUCCCAUCUCUACCCCUCAACCUCUACUCCUCUUGUGAAUGAGAGAUCUAAUGACUUCUUACUUCUCUCAAGUAACCCAGAAGGGAUAGCAGCAGCUUUAAAAAAAUUCUACCUAAAGUGGAAGCUAACAGACUUGAUGUGUCUUGGAAACACUGGAUAAGCUCAUAUUCCUGAAACCUCCGACUCAAGCUGGGAUCAGACAACUCCAGCCACCCCAUACCUCUGCUCACCCCACAUAGAGCUCGAUCCUUCCACCAAGCUCAGAAGUCCUCCAGCUAGAACCUGAGCUCUUCCUUUGCCCUGACCAUUUGACUAAUAUUUGAGUAAUAGAGGGAUGCACAGCUUACAAACCAGAACAAUUGCAAUAGUGUUAAAGGAAAGGUGAAUGAGAGGGGCUUUAUUGCUACUAUAUCUUCCACAGAGUUUUUCAAA